UGGUGUUCCUUGGUACAUAAGGAACUAGAUAAUCAGAGAAGAACUGAAACUAUUGACGAAAUAGUUAACAAACAAAUAAAGAAGUUAACAAUAAUAGAAAAACGAUUAAAUGAUCAGUCCAAGACUUGUCCAUCAAAACAUUUUUCUCCUGUCCCAAAUUGACUUCAGAGAUGAGUAUUGUUCUUGUCCAAUUUUGUAACUUAUAAUGUGUUUUUAAGUUGAAAGUUUGAUUAUAAUUCGAAGAAUAAGGUGUUGAUUCAUAUUUAAAAAGUGUAAAUUGUUGAAAAAAGGUUGGAAAUUUUUGCUUAAGUGUUUAAAUUUAAAGAUAUCUUGACUAUGGAACGGAUAAUAUUAGCACAGUCUUUGAUAUAAUAUGUAUUGAAUUUGGGUGCGUAUGAGAUAAUUCUGAGCUCAUAAAGAACCAAGACAGUUAGGAUCUUUCAGAAAGAGAAGAAGAAAAUGAUUUUCUACUGUUGCUCUAUGAUUAACCAAGUUUUGUUAUUGUGGUUAUGUUUUUAUUCGUUUUUUUUAAAUUACUUUGUCGAAAAGUAUAUGUUUCAGUUCACCAUCUAAUUUUUAUAAAAAGGAUUUAGUUGCAAUGGCUUUCUAUAAGUCUGAAGAGAGUAUUACACAGCUGGCAGAAGUGGAAUCAACAAAUGAUGAAAAAAAGAAAACUUUUGUGUUUGCAAAUGAAGGACAUACGUUGGGUAAUGCUUUAAGAUUGGCGAUGUCGAAUAACCCAAACAUAGAUUUCUGUGGCUAUACAGUACCUCAUCCUUCUGAGACUAAGAUGCACUUCCGUAUUCAGAUGAAAGAAGGGCGAGCUAUUGAUGCCCUCCGAAAAGGAUUGGAAGAUAUGGUUAGAAUGUGUGAUCAUAUGUUGGUAUCUUUUGAUAAGGAAAUGAAAGCACAUAAAUCUACUAAAUGAUCCUGGUAUUAUUUAUUGUAAAUAUCAAUUUGUAAAAAAUAUAUUAAUUAAAGUAUCAAAUAGGA